AUGUGUUGCGUUACUACCGUUUCAUCUUUCCUUUCAAUCAAAUUUUUCUUAAGCCACCUUUUGCAAAUAGAAGUGCAGAAACGCAGACUGUUGUUUUUUACAUACAUUCGUAAUCUAAACAGCAAGUGCUGCGCACGAGUGGUGGUUGGCUCUUUCCGCAUAACGCAUCAAUUUCUACCGAUGGCAAAGGUAUUGGCCAUCACGGCAAUCUCAGUUUCGAUAUUUCUGAUAGCUACUGUAAUUGUUCUUGAUGUAUACGAGAUAGAUCACGUGAAGGAUAGUGAACAUUUGUCUCCAUGGUUGUCUUGCAAAUGCGUUGAUGAAAGCAGGCAAGAAAAUUUCGGUGAAAUGUCUCACAACCUCUUUCAUACACUCAAGGAAACGAGUGUAACCACAAACGAAGCGAUCACGAACAUUGCAUUCUACAGGAAACUUAUGAGGAAAAGGGUUGGAGCAAGAGAUGGCAAGAAAACAGACAUUUCACUUAUAUCUGCGUUUGAAUAUCCCCAGCAGAUAAAUGUCAUGAUCACUUCCAUUGCUAAGUAUGGAGAUAAGAUCUAUUGCCGCUAUUUUGACAUGUCAAUGCAAGAAAUCGGAAAUCCUUUUGAAAGUGUUGUGUUUCCCGAAUACACGGUAAUGUGCUUGCGAAGAGAAGGAGCAAGAUUCAUGUCACUUUCGGACACACUUAGUGGGGAGUACGAAUACCCGGUACCGAUUACGGUUCGAACGCAAUCAGAGCCAGCUCAUUUCUUCUCAAUUUGCUUAGCUCCUAUAUAUGGGACAGAACCAAAAUGGCUUCACCUCGCUGAGCUUGUGGAGCAUUACAAAAUCCAGGUUCCGGCUUUUUAUUUGGGUGCAACACAUUUCUACAUGUACAGUAAGUAUAUCGAUGAAUAUAGCCGAAUAUUACUGGAUGAUUAUGUUCGCACUGGUGAUGCAGAAAUCGUAAUUCUCCAUGAUCGUUUUGAAAGAAAGGAUGAUCGUUGGCAAUCCAUGGAGAUCCAGGAAUGUCUCAAUCGUGCACAAGGGCAUUCUCGAUGGGUAGCAUUUGUUGACUUGGAUGAGAGACUAACACCAACGAACUAUUCGGGGACUUUACGGAGCUACUUAGAGAAUAUGGCCGAUGAUAAAAUUGGAGCAGUUCAGUUUCGACAGCGUUGGAUAUUGAAAAAUGAGACUCUUCCUGAAAGAUAUACAGAUUCAACUCAGAUAGCUAGUUGGAUGCCAACACGACGAUACCACAACACUUCCCAUGUCGGCCCAGUGGGACACACUGCGAAAUGCAUAAUUGAUCCCAAAAAGGUCUUGAUUAUGCACGUACAUUAUGUAAAUGCGUUUUAUGAGGGCUACACAAUGUAUCGCAUGAGACCUGAAGAGGGAGUUGUAAGGCAUUAUCGGGACGUCAAUUCUGGCCAGUGGGGCAAGAUAUGGCUGAAGGAAGUUGAAGGAAUGGGCAAUUUUUCAACGACAGAUUAUCCCGCAAAGUGGGCCAACGAACUAUUAACGAGGGUUCAAAGACGGGUUCACUACGUGUAUGGAGCAGAAAUCAGAAAAUGAAGACUUCGGAGGCGCAUUGGAUUUUAGCGUGUAUCUUCAUGUCUAUGCUCGUAGUAAUUUAUUUUUUUAUUUUUUAACACUUCGAGUAACUGGAAUCCGAAUAUGAUCAUAUAUAUGUGUUAGUGAUUAAUUAGUUAUGCGCAUUCAACUAACUACGUUCUCAAAUGCUCAAAUGUUUCGGAUCGAUACUCUAUGCAAGCAUGUUGCGAUAAGGUAACCUUAAUGCAGCCUUCAUUCUAAUUUUAAUCGAAUUUCCUAACCUUCUUGCCAAUGCGGU